AUGGCCAUGCCUCCCAGCUUCCGCUUGGUGAGCGGCAAGGCCUUGCCGGUCUCCGACAGCGCUGUCUAUGUCGGUGACGCGCGGCUGCAGCUUGCACGAGCCUUGCAGGUGGCGCCCGCACGUCUUCAGCUCCUGGGCCCCGCGCUGUUGGAGGAUUCCCUUCCUCUUGCCGUUCUGCUCGUGGAUGUCCAGGUCUGGAUUUUGCCGGAUCUCGCUGAAAAUCGGCUGGCGAAGUUGGCCGGUGUUGAGAAAUUCGAUGAUCUCCAGGAGAUCGUAGCCCUCCAGCUCUCCUCGAAGAGCCUUAAGACACUGCCAGAGCGCUUUGGCCUCGUGUGCAGAGACUCUCUGCAAUCCUUGCGGAUCUUGCACUCCGGCUUGCGCUGCCUGCCAGAGAGCUUCUGUAAGAUGACGGCCCUGAAGCAAUUGGUCAUCCUCCAAUGCAAUCUGCCAGCUCUUCCGCCCUCCUUCGUGGAGCUUCCCAGCUUGGAGGAGCUCACGAUAACUGGAAGCCGACUGGAAAGCCUUCCUCAGGCAAUCUGGACUGCCAGAGCCCUUGCAGCGAAGGAUUCGCAGUCAGGCGCUGCGCUCUGUCAGGAGAUCGGACAGAUGGUCACUUUGAGGUGA